AAUAACAAAGAGGUAAGCGUGGCCCUGACCAGCCCACCCCACAACAGGAAGAAUGGCUGAAAAAGCAGCGGCUACAUUUUCACACCUUCUGGUCCCUAUUCUUCUCUUGAUUGGCUGGAUUGUGGGCUGCAUCGUAAUGGUUUAUGUUGUCUUCUCUUAGAAAGGCAAGAAGACUUCAGGUUGACAUCAUUUAGAAGAAUUAAAAAAGCACGAAAUGACAGAUUAUUAAAUGUUUCUCAUGUAAAUAAC